CAGAGGGAGCAGCACAGGAAGAGGUCAUUCAGCCCAAGCAGAGCGUGUGGGCAGUUCCUCCCCAGGUGAGCAGUUGGAAAGGUCCUGGAGUUUGAGAGUGAGAAACUGAUGAAAUACCUGGGAGUGGACAAUGAUCGGGAAAUCUUACUUCCUCCUGUCACUUCUCCAAGUUGGACUGUCACAAGAGUGGAAAGGUGACACUCCACGAGAGGUGACAGCACAGGAAGGCUCGUGUGUACAAAUUCCAUGUCAUUACAGUUAUCCAUCACAUUUGGAAAACCGACCGCGAGGUGGAGUCUGGUUUAAUAACGAGAACCAAAUUCCCUGGGCUCCCAUAGCCUUUCACUCCAAGGAUCACAGUCACGAGUUACCACGGUUCCGCCAUCGGACCCGGCUGUCUGGAGACCUGAAAGAUGGCGACUGUUCCCUGAUUAUAAACAACAACACACGGGAAGAUGCAGGACCUUAUUUUUUCAGAAUAGAAUUUGACAACAGUAAUAGUUACAACUAUUAUCCUAUAACCCGGCUUCACGUUUCUGAUUUCACAGAUAAACCCACGAUAUUCCCUGCUGAAAUUAUUGCAGGAAAGCGUGUGGAUGUAAGCUGCACCUUCAACACAACGUGCAAUGGAACAGCAGCACCUGUCUUAACCUGGGACUUUCCUACUGACGUACCUGGAUCAGUCUCAAACACUGUAACUCAGCAUGGUGUCACUCUGACCUAUACUUCUGUUCUGACUCUGAUCCCAUCACUCAAACACCACGGACUCACUCUCAGCUGCAGAGUGAGAUAUUCAUCUGUUUCAUCGGAGCGGACCCUCGUACUAACUGUGCAAGGUAGAGACGCCAGUAAAUGGACAGUAGGAUUGCUCACGGCUGGGAUCAUGUUGAGUGUUUUCCUGGCUGGAAUCAUCAUCUUCAUCUGUGUGAGAAGGAGAAUGACAGCGAUGGAGGAGAGAGUUUCAGGGACCAGAGACAUUGCAUUGACCCCCAGUCCACUCUCUGUGAAGCACCAGGGUAAACAGAACGUGCUGAUUACUGAGCCCCGGGACACAACCAGAGACACAACUAGAGACGGGGAGACCCCAGCUCCCCGGGGUCUCUCUGAAGAUGCAGUGGGAGGCGAUGCUGGACAUGGGAACCCCGACAAUCCCGACGACCUUCUCUACGCCAAUCCCCAAGUCUUCAGGGUGCCCAGUGGUGAUGGGACUGUCCACAGGGAAGAGGAGACGGAAUACGCACAGAUCAGAUUCAAGCGAAACUGAGUGUGAAACGGGGAGAGGGGGUGAGGAGGUUUGUGGGUGGGGCAGGGAUUAUGAUUCCUGGGAACACGAGACAACCCACUGGGGGACAGGGCGAGAGAGGGAGGAAGGGACUGAAUGGGUCUGUGGUUGGUGAGGUUUGGAAUGAAAUGUUUCCCCAGUAACGACAUGAUGCUGAGUCUUUGGGGACAGAGAUUCAGUGUCUCUCUCUCUGUCUCUGUCUCUCUAUCUCUCUCUCCUUCUAUGUCUCUCUCUCUCUCUCUCUCUGUGUCUCUCUCACUCUGCUUCUCUGUCUAUCGCGCUCUCUCUUUCCUCAUUUAACAUGGUCCUUAUUAACUGGCUUUGUUAACUCAGCUUUUUGUCACCUGUCCCUAAUAUCUCAUUAUGUGUCUCAGAGAUGGAUUUAUAUGUGGUUAACAAUCCCCUGAAGAGUUUUGGGACAGUUUGCUACAUUAAAGGUGCUAUGUUAAUGCAAGUUGUUGUAGUAUCUUGGACCUUCCGCGAUUCAGAAUGGAGCCAAGGAGGAUCCUUCGACAGGGCGUGUGUGCAACAGGCUCGCAAUAAAUGCAUUGCACGGCAACAACUAAGCAUGUCCUUUGAUGCUGAUGCAUCCCAGUCCUGCUGUGUGGACACAUCACAACCGAGGGACUGCCUGACUGCGUGCAGCCAACAUGGCCGAAUAGUAAUUAGCAGAAAUGUGACAUCACUGAACUUGGUUAACAUUUCAGAAUGUGCUUUCUGAAUUCUGCAACUUGUUUAUUCUGUGAUAGAUUACAAGAAGCUUUUGCAUUUUCUAUAAUAUUACAUUCAUUGUCACAAGGGAUUGAAAUGCCCAGACAACUCUGUACAGAUAUAUUUUUAUUAAACAUCUUACUCUGGGA